AAAGAGGGAGGAGUGUUCUCUGGAGACAUAAAUGCAGAGAUCAAACUCGUGUGAGGCUUAUUUUCUGAGUCUCCUAAACUCAACACACUCAGUGACCAUGAAGCUGGCCGUCCUGCUCUGUGUAUCUCUUCUCCUUUGCUUGUCUGCUUUCACAGCAGCGGAUGAGGCUUAUGAGCCUAACUGUGCUCAGUAUGCAAAUUCAAUAUGCACCCGUGAAUUAGAGCCAGUGUGUGGUGACAAUGGCCAAACAUACCCAACUGAGUGUAUUCUCUGUCAGAAAAACACCAUCAACAACCAGCAGGUCAAGGUGGCGUAUAAGGGAGAAUGUACCCCUGUGUGAGCCUAUCACUCAUCGGAGCCGCAUCAUAUAAAAUGGCUGUGCUACGAUGUCAAAAAUCUUUAACUAUACUCAUGGAAUCUAUUACCGUCAAGUCUUUUGACAAUAGACAUAAAAUUUGUGAUUUCAAGUUAUCAUCAAAUUAAAGCCAAGCAUAUUAUUUCUUGUUUUUUUGUCCUGUUGUAUAAAUCAAAAGAAAUUCAGAAACGUUGAGAGUUAAUAUAUAAUGUGUAGAGCCUGCAUGUAGAAUAAAGACGUUUUGGGUUGUGAA